AAUCCUGAAUUGAUUGAAACCUUCGAGCUUUGAAAAAUAAAAUGUGUCAACAGAAUUCUAAUCGAUUAAUCUAGUGAUUUUAUUGUGAUUCUUUUUAAUAGUGAUUUGUAACUUUUUGCGUUGUUAAUCAAUGUGAUUGAUUGAACCAUUAUUCUACUGUUUUUUUCUAACUAAUCACAACCAUUGUCUCAGACCAAAUCAGCUCCAAGUCAACAAACAAAAGAGUUGCUUGGAAACUAAAGUCAAAAUUAAUCUUCUUAUUUUUAAAGGGUUUAAUUUGAUCUGGUUUUUGUUUUGUUUUGUUAUUUUCUGGAUCACAUCUUCAUUAAUGGGAAAAGUCGUCAACACAUCACACUUUAGUUCUUCAAGUUGAUAUAUUUUGCGUUCGUUUUCUGUUUUUGUAUUUUAAGUUAUGGAAUGUAGUUGUCACUGUGAAUCUUGUGUUUAUGAAUGCAAUGGUUCUAAAAACGGAGAUUCUGUUGUUGUCCAACUCUACCAAGAGAUCGAAAAUCUUAAGCGUCAAGUUGCUGAGCGAGAUUACCACAUUGUUCAAAUGGAAACCUCAGUAAUGGACCAUGCCAAAGAAUACCCAAAUGGAGAAUUUCAGGCUCUUCAAGAAACUCUCCGAUUUUGGCAAGAAAAAUACGAUCGACUCUCUGAAAGCCAUAGAAAAUUACAGAAAGUGAAUCAAGGAUUAGAGGAUAAAUUGCUUCGUAUUGUAGAUAAAUUCGAGUCAGAAAAGACCACAUUAACUCAAGAUAUUGCUGAUUUAACUAGUAAAUUAGUCGAAGCAAGAGUUACAAUCAACGAAAUAGAAGAGGAAAAUGAACACUAUAAAAAUGAUUGUACUUUAGCUGCUAAUUUACUCCAGUGUAAACCUUCGAAUUUUGUUUCUUACAAGGUUAACUCGCUGCCUGCUGAUCUUCAAGAGAGAAUACGCAACAAUUAUGCAAAUAAUAGUCUUGGCAAACGUCGAAGUUUAAGUAUAGGAAGUGGUAUAUCCAAUAGCAUCAAUAAAGCACAUCGAGAAUCCGAGAGCAAAACUGGUAAUGGUAAAACCAUUAGAGUUCCCAUUUCAACAUUUCCGCCAACGGCCAUGGUUUAUUCCGUCAAUAAGGUUGAUGAAGAAACUAAAGAAUCCGGAGGCAAUCAAAGUAAUGGUCCUGACCAUGUAUCUGCUGCUAUCAUAGCUAAAAUAUUAGAAGAAAGAUCAAAAGAAAGGUUACUCAAAAGUGGUUCUCGGUAUCAGAAAUGUCAUCAAUGUAGACAACGUUGUAUUAUAUCACCUUAUUAUGAUGCAUCAACACAAACUUCAAAUAGUAUUGUAACGCCUGAUGAUUGUAUAACAUAUCCUUAUGAUUCUGAUUAUUGUGAUAGUCUAGUUGGUAGCAACGGAAGUUAUACAGGAAUAUCAAGUGGAGGUAUCAUCUCUAGCCAUUCCAGUGACCUUAGGUCUGAGUCUUUCUCUACGUCAUCCAUGUCAUCUUCCCAUCAUAAUGGAUCUUCCCCAAUUGGUAUAAGUGAUCAAUCAGCCAAUAAAAGCAAUAAUCACUACUCACCGAGUAGUGCCUUCAACAAUAUAUCAUCCAACAAUGGUUUAGUCUCAUCAACCAAAGUAAAAUCAUCAUAUAAAAGUUACUCCAAUGAAACGAUGAUCAUUUAAAAGAUAUAAAAUUAAUAUAUGAUGUAAUUCGAAAGAUAAAAUAACUGGUCGCAAACUGGUUUAUAUAAGAUAAAAAAUUAUAAUUCAAAAUACAAAUGUAACUUACGAACGCUGAUCGAAGUUACAUCUCUAAGACUGAGAAGCGCGAGCGAUUAUUUUUGAAAAUUUAAUUAUCUUUCUGCUCUAAGAAAUUAUAAUUGUUACCAUGGAUUGUAUAUUAUAAUGCUGUAUUGAAUUGAAGCAAUAAAAUCAAAUUUAUUUAGCUAAUUUA